AUGGCUCUUACCGGCAGCUGCAUGUGUGGUGCUAUCGCUUACAAGAGCACCAGCGAACCUGAUGUCACUGCUCUCUGCCACUGCAUUGACUGCCAGAAAUGGACCGGCGGUGCUUUUACAUCCAACGCUGUAAUCCCAGCUGACUCUUUCAGCGUCACCAAGGGAACUCCCAAGCAAUACGACGUCACUGGAGCUUCUGGCAAGAUCAACCACCACUUCUUCUGUGGUGACUGCGGUUCCAGCUUGUACACUCGCCUUGACAUUAUGGAGGGAAAGAUCAUCAUCAAGGCUGGAGGUCUUGACGAGGGCAAGGCUAACCUUGACAACAAGAUUGGUGUUGAGUUUUACACUCGUGACCGUGUCAGCUACCUCCAGGCUGCUGAGGGUGCUAAGCAGGAGCACCUCUUUGGUUAA